UGGCAGUGUCAAUGUCAAAUUGCACAGCAAGUUGUUAAAAUUCGUCAUUGCUGAUGUUAUGCAAAUUAUUUACGAAUUAUUUAAUAGGAAAUUAAGUGUAAAUAUCCAAGCUGGCAUCCAGAAGGUUCUUACUGGUUGGGUUCCACUGUUUUUCACCCCCAGUUUCGUAUCGAGCCAGUCACAAUAGCUUUAUCUGCAUAAAAAAACGCCAAUACUCAGGUAUGACGGUGCCUCAGUGUGUUACACGGUCGCUCAGCCGGGGGCAGAGUCCUGUAGAGGCCCGCCCGGGUUCUGGCACAGACAGCCCUGUGGAUGUGGUGAAGAGAUACAAUGAUAUUGUUAAAAGUCAGGAAGAUAAGCGGGAAUACAGAGGUCUACAGUUACCGAAUCAUAUGAAAGUGUUGCUAGUGAGCGACCCCACCACAGACAAAUCAGCUGCGGCGCUGGACGUCAACAUUGGUUACCUCAGCGAUCCGGACGAACUGCCGGGUUUAGCCCAUUUCUGUGAGCAUAUGCUUUUCAUGGGCACAGAAAAAUAUCCAGAGGAGAACGAGUACAACAAGUUUCUUUCUGAACACGGAGGUUCUUCGAAUGCUUCCACGUCCUCAGACCACACCACGUACUACUUCGACGUGCUGCCACAGCAUUUGGGCAAGGCUUUGGACAUCUUCGCCCAGUUCUUCGUAUCGCCGCUGUUCACGGAAUCGGCGACGGGUCGCGAGCUGAGCGCAGUCAACUCGGAGCACGAGAAGAACGCCUCCUCGGACAUGUGGCGUCUCGACCAGCUCAACAAGAGCACCGCGCAUAAAGACCAUCCCUUCCACAAGUUCGGCACUGGCAACCGGGAAACAUUGGAAACCAUUCCCAAGGAGAAAGGCAUUGACGUCCGCAAGGAACUGUUGAACUUCCACAAGAAAUGGUACUCGGCUAACAUUAUGACUCUCGUCGUGAUGGGAAAAGAAUCCCUGGAUGAACUUGAAGAAAUGGUAGUGAAGCUGUUCUCAGUGGUGGAGGACAGAGCAGUGACCGCGCCCAGCUGGCCCGUGCACCCCUUCCCACCCCCCUUAAGGCGCAAGAGGGCGUAUUGCUACCCCGUGAAAGAUCUGCGCUCUCUUUCCAUCGACUUCCCCAUACCGGACACGAGAAAGCAUUAUAAGAGUGGGCCAGGACACUAUAUCUCACACCUGCUGGGCCACGAGGGUCCGGGAAGUCUGCUCUCGGCGCUGAAGGCACGCGGCUGGUGUAACAGCCUAGUGGGGGGUACCCGGAUCGGCGCGCGUGGCUUUGCCUUCUUCGGGGUACAGGUUGACCUGACCGAAGACGGGGUCAAACACACCGACGAAAUCGUGGAGCUGGUGUUUCAGUACAUCGAGAUGCUGAGGGCGGAGGGGCCCCGGCGCUGGGUGUGGGAGGAGCAGCGGGACCUCAUGGCCAUGGAGUUCCGCUUCAAGGACGCACAGGAGCCGCGCGCGCUCGUCGUGGGUCACGUGCAUCUGCUUCAGGAGUUCCCGAUGCAGGACAUCCUCAGCACCUACUACCUGCUCUCGGACUGGAGGCCGGACCUCAUCGAAGAGCUGCUCUCGCUCCUCACCCCCGACAACGUCCGCGUGGGGGUGGUGGCCAAAUGUUUCGAGAGUAAAUGCACAAAGACGGAGCCAUGGUAUGGGACCAAAUAUCUGCAGGAAGACAUCGAGGAGGCUCGUCUUAACGAAUGGAAAGCAGCGAAACCAACAAAGGAACUCCACCUACCACCCCCCAAUGAAUUCAUUCCAACGAAACUGGACCUGGAGAAGAGUCCGGAUCCCACUGCUGAUGCGAUAGCGCCCGUAAUCAUCAAGGACACCCCGUUAAUGAGGCUCUGGUAUAAACGUGACAACGAGUUCAUGCUGCCGAAGGCUUUCAUCACAUUGGAUUUGGUCAGCCCGCUGGCGUACGCGGAGCCCGCGAGCUGCAACCUGACCUCGGUGUGGGUGCUGCUAUUGCGGGACUCGCUGCAGCAGUUUGCGUACGCGGCCGAGCUGGCCGGCCUGCGCUGGAGUGUGGGCAACGCCAAGUACGGACUCAGCAUAACCAUAGACGGCUACGACGACAAGUUACACGUGCUGCUCGAGAAGCUGAUCGAGCACAUCGUGGGCUUCAAGGCCGACCCGCAGCGGUUCGCGAUCAUGAAGGAGAGCCACAUUCGCGCCAUCAAGAACUUCGAGGCCGAGCAGCCGUACCAGCACGCGGUAUACCAGCAGGCGCUCUGUUUAUCCGACCUGGUCUGGACGCGGUGCCAACUGGUGGAAUCGGCUGAGAGCAUAACCCCGGAACAGCUGAACGAGUUCUCCGCACAGUUUAUACGCAAGGUGCACGUUGAAGGACUCAUGUUCGGCAACCUCACCCGCGAGAGGGCGCUCUCCGUGGCAGACACCAUAGAGAACAAAUUGCCAAAAGACGCGACGCCAUUGUUAGCACAGCAACUGCUGUUAUAUAGAGAAGUGGAAAUAGAAAAGGGUGCGUGGUACGUGCGUGAGAUCGAGAACUCGGUGCACAAGUCGUCGUGCGCGUCGCUGUACUACGCGUGCGGCGUGCGGCGCGCGCGCGACAACGUCACCUUGGAACUCUUGGCGCAGGCGCUCAGCGAGCCGUGCUUCCACGCGCUGCGGACACAGGAACAACUCGGCUACAUAGUGUUCAGUGGUGUGCGAAGGUCGAAUGGCGUCCAGGGACUAAGGUUCAUUGUUCAGAGCGACAGGCACCCCGCGUACCUGGAGGAGAGGAUAGAGAAAUUCAUCGAGGGGUCACAGGACUAUCUGGAAAAGAUGACGGAGGAAGAGUUUUUGAAACAUCGCGCCGCGUUGGCUGCCCAGAAACUAGAGAGGCCCAAACGACUGUCCGGGAAAGCGUCGCAACUGUGGAACGAAAUCACGGCGCAGGUGUACAACUUCGACCGCCCACGCGUGGAGGUCGAUGAACUCAACACUGUUACGAAGCAAGACCUUAUUGAAUUCUUUAAGAAACACGUGAGUCCAAACUCAGCGGACAGACAGAAGCUGUCAGUGUACGUGGUGUCCACGGCGGAGGGCGGCGCCGGGAAACAGCACGAGUCCGACGACGAGAAGAAGUCGCUGGAGCCCGUUGUUAUCCGAGAUCUCGUGGACUUCAAAUCACGUCGGCGACUGUACCCACAUCCGGCACCUUUCACUAAUAUACCACGGAAAGGAGCGCACUGUAAACUGUAGUUGAAGUAAUAAAUUGUAGCAACAGUAAAGUAACAACACUUAAUAACUAAUAUACUUAGUAAAAGUAACCUAAUCAUGUUAACUGAAGAUCGACAUAUGUAAGAAUGCGUCCCUGUGAGGUCGAACAAACGAUGUAACUUUCCAACUGGCGUUUUAUACAACGUGUAACAAAAUUACGAAAUACUGUUGAAGGAUGCAUAAGUAUAUUUCAUAAGGAAUCACCCUGUGAAAAUAAUAAAUCAAAAGAAGCAUACAAACAAACAAAUUCAAUUAAGGCAUUUUUAAAUGUUGACUUAUGACAACCCUAUUGGAGAUAAAAGACCGCCACGCGCAUAGUAGCUACGCUACGCGACGCGUACCUUUAUAAAAGAUAACGUACCUUUAGAAAGCGCCAGGAAUCAUAUGAUAUAAAUUUAAUUAUAUUUAGCUAUCUUUAAUUUCUUUCAGUAAAAACGGAUGGCAGUUUUUUACUCAAAAACUAUUACUGCGCUUCCUUUUAAAUAAUCUAACAAAAAUAGAAUAACAGUAAACUAUAUUAAUACAGUAAUUGUGCAAUUGUACAAUACAGCACAAUGGUACAAUUUGGCGGCCUUAUCGCUAUAUAGCGGUCUCUUCCAGGCAACCAAAGGCAUACGAGAGAAUGCUAACGGAAAUUCGUAAUUUAAAUUAAAUAAGCAUAAAAAAUAUUAAACAUUAUAUAUUAAAGAUAUAAAUAUACAAAUACACUACUAUAAAUGCAUAAUAAAAAUAAAAGAACCCUCAAAAAAAAUACAGAAUACGAAAUAGACAAGAUUACAGUGAUCAUUCCAUCAAUGCCCGGCCGAUACAGACAAGUAGUGAUCCUUCACUCGUUUUUCAAUGGUGUCUAUUUUUUUAGGUAAUAUAUAAAAAUAUUGAAACGACAGUGAGUUAAAUUUCUUUGCAAGGUAACAAAUAAUAAAAAUACAGUAAACGACAUAAAUUUGUAUUGUAUAAAAAUAUUGUAACGAAAAUUGUUGUUACAAUAAACAUGUUCGAACAGUAAGCUAUAUAAACACAGUAACAGUAAUUUAUUAGUUAGGUAACCGGAAAUAUAAAUACAAUAAAUUUGCAAUGCAACAAAUAAUAAAAGUACAGUAAAUGACACAA